AGAUGUUAAACGUAAUUUAAUGUAAUACUGCUAUAUUCCAGUGAUAUACAGUAUAGAUUCCCUGCCUUGAGUAUGAUCCGUGAUUUGUUGUACAAUAAUCCCAACAAGUCAAGACAAGUGCUGGCAAGGAAAAGACUAUAUACGCCAGUACAGGAAAGAAUUUGUAAAUCUAAAAGAACUAUGUUGAACGAAUAAUUAAUAUAAUACUAUAUAAUAAUAGUAUAAUAAUAAUAAUAAUUCCAAAUUUCGAUUCUGGCCUGGUCAAAAUUAAAAUUCAACUUUUGGCCCAUCAGAUUCUGAAUUUAGCCAGUCAGAGUUAGAUUCCAGUUUUGGCCGUUUAGAUUCUAAGUUUGGCCGGUCAAAAGCAGAAUUCCAGCUUUGGCCGGCCAGAUUCGGAAUUUGGCCGGCCAGAGUUAGAAUUCCAGUUUUGGCCGGCCAAAUUCGGAAUUUUCCAUGUGUAGGCAUCUCAAUUCUAAGUUUGGCCGGCCAAAAGCAGAAUUCCAGUUUUGGCCGGCCAAAUUCGGAAUCUGGUCGAAUUCUAAGUUUGGCCACAACAUAUACAUAUGUUCUCCACUCUGGUGUUCGCUCGCUAAAUACAUCCUUAUUAUACAAUUUAUUCAUUGUAUAAUCGUUCAUUGUACAUGUUUUCUCUUUUCUUUUGUUACCUAUACAUCCAGUCCAUUUUGCCUUGUAUGAAGUUUUCUUUUUUUCGUUGAAUGAUAUUUUUCUCGCUCUCUAUGUACAUGUAUAUAUACUCUUGUAUUUUUCACUUAUGGAGUCAUUCAUAUAUUACAGUAAGACAUUCAUCUGAUAACAAUCUGGUGAAAAUCUCCUCUCAUACCUCGUGGUAAGUUAGAUUUACCCUUUUCUUUCGCGUAGUGAUGUCUUUCUUUAAUUCAUCUAAGCGCAAAAUAACAAUGAAUAUAAAUGAUAUGAAUUGUGACGAUGUAUUGAAGUGGUUAUCAACAUUUGUAUCCAAUCCAAAUGUAGUUCAACAAUUCAGAGGUAGCUAAGAAUGAGUCCUAAUUAUUAUUUUUGUUCAGUUUGCCAGCAUAGCAAGCCGUGUUUUUCGUUCCUGAAACUUUACAAGCAUAUCCGCCCAAUACAUAGAAAUGACACAUCGUUCAGUGUUCGCUGUGAACUAGCUCCGACUUGUGGCUCUGUUUACACAACAUUCGAAAGCUAUCGUAGCCAUCUGAAUCGAUAUCAUCGUGAUCUUUUGAAUGAUCAACCACUGCCAUCAACUCAACAUACAAGAGCUAACAAUGAACAAAUAGAUUCAUCUUUUUUAUCAAAUAUGGAUGUUACUGUAGAAGACGUAGAUGAAGAUAUCGAUAGGCACGAAGAGUUAUAUGAUAAUGAACGAGAGACAUUUGAAGACCCAAAGUCAAAUACAAAUGAUAUGGACUGGUCAUUGUUCAGUUGUUCGAUUAAUCAAGAAGAUGAUAAAGAAGUAUUUACAACUGAUUCGUUUGAAAAACAUUACACUCGGUUUUUACUGGAAUUACGUGAAGGUCAUCUGUUACCACAAAACAUCGUACAGUCAAUUACAUCAUAUCUGACAACGUUGCUGAUGGUAUUAGUUAAAAUUAUUGAAAAUCAAGUAACAAAAACAACAAGCCCAAUAGUAUCAUUGGAAGAUACACGUAAAUUUAUAUUACAAAUAACAAAUUCAAUAUCCAAUACCGGGAAAAAUGAUUAUCAGUUUUUAAAACGUUGUGAACAGUAUUUUGGGUAUGAACCACCGGCAGAAAUUAAACUGAAUGCUCAUGGUGAUUGUGGUUAUUAUAUUCCUGUUGAACGAAGUAUCACAAAUCUAUUAAAUAAACCAGAUGUUAUCGAUAAUUUGUUGAAAAACUUAAACGAUACAAUAACAAAAACGAAAGCCGACCCGGAUUUAAUGUUAACAUAUCGUGAUGGUAGUGCAGCACAAACUAAUCCUUCGUUACAACUCCAUCCAAAUUCAUUUUUGUUACAGAUUUAUACGGAUAGUAAGAUUUACCCGAUGUUACAAUCAAUCGGACUCAUUGGAAUAUGUUUUACAAUACAUUUAUCGCUACAAACAAAUCCUGGCUUGAGUGUCAAAACGUUUAGUGGUCGUUUACAUUUUGGAUUUAGUUUAAUGGCAGCCGAUCAUCUUGCGUCAAAUGAGAUUGGUGGUUUUCAAAGGAAUUUUAAUUCUGGAUAUUUCUGUCGACUUUGCCACGUUUCGUAUCGAUUUAAAUCAAUUCCAUUAACAGAUAUCUCAUUUUUACCUCGUACGAUAACAACACACAAUACACAUGUACAACAAGUUUUGCAAUCAAACAAUACGAGAAUUAUUACUGGUGUUGCGGGUGUUUGUCCACUGAUCAUUGUCGCGAUGUUGAAAGAAGCAUCAACGAAACGGAUUAUGACAUAUGGUCAAGUGGAAGAAAGGAUGGAGAUAUUUAAAUAUGGAAAGAAUGAUCAACAUAAUAAGCCAACUAUAAUUCGUGCUAAACAUCUUGGCAAAGGUCAUAUCGUUGGAUCGGCAAGUCAAAAAUUAUGUUUAUUCAAGCUGAUGCCAAUUAUAUUUCAUGAUAUUAUCGAUCGUCUCGUCAAUACAAUGGAUAUUUACACGUGUUUACGGGAAAUUGUUGGCCAUGUUUAUUCGACAAAGUUUAAAAAAUCGUGGCUCCCGUAUCUACAGUCGUUAGCAACACGUUUUCAAUCAUUAAUGGUACACAAUUUACCCGAUCACGUCAUACCAAAAGUCCAUUUCGUCACCGACUACUCAAGAUUAAUUGAUAUGAACGGACCAGCAACCCACUUUUGGUGUAUGCGUUUCGAGGCGAAGCAUCUAUAUUUCAAACAACUGGCUAUCCGAGCAUUCAACUUCAAAAAUCCACCGCUCACUCUGAUAAAACGACAUCAACUUCGGCAAUGUCUGUUGCUGUCAAACAAGAAUUAUUACAAUAUAUAUGAAAUAACGUCGAGAAAAAACGUGAAAUAUUAUCAAUUAUCAAUACUAGUUCAACGUUUAUUGAAUGCAAAUCAUAUUGAUCAAGCAACAUUUGAUGAAUGUAAAACAAUUAAACAUAACCAUGUUCGGAUAAUGACACGCUCGGUGUUCGUUGAGAAAUUACUUCACGUAGAAGAAGACCCGUGUUUUGUUUACAUUCUGCAUAUUUUGAAUAUACAAAAUACUUGGAAAGUAAUUGUUGAACAUCUACAAAUAGUUGGAUUCAACGAACAACUAUGGUCUUAUGAAAUUGAUUUUUGUGGGACAUUAGAUUUAUUCGAUCUUGAUCAAUGUUUAGAUGUUUUACCGCAUGGACUGGACAUUUAUUACGUUAAGGGCUCUCCUUAUAUCAAUAUUCUACCUCGUGAAGAAGUGGAUGGAUAUAUGUUAAUAAAAUUACCAUACGAUGAAUUACGAGUGCUGCUUCCAAAAUUAAAAGAUCGAAUGAGAUUUACUGAAGAACGCGAUAAAUUAAUUAAUAAUUUGGGUGGUGGUGGACGUGGAGAACCGGAUAAAGAAGAACGUUCAGAUUCAUUUCUUGAUCAAUCAGUUGAUACAUAUAAUGCACAACAAACAACAACGGCAUAUAAAGGUUUGUUCGAUGAUAUAUCGAUACCUAUUAACAAUACUGUUACUGUCACAUCGGGAACAAGGUCAAUUAACAAUUACCGAAUCAAGACAGAUGAACAAGACGACAAUCCCGAAGCAUCACAGCCGAAGAUGCCAGCAGGAUACGAAUUUACAACAUUACCAGAGCAAAUACAAUCAAUCGUCGAUGAAAACGAUUUAACCAAACUAUGCGGACGUACGAAUCAUCAUCGAAUGUUGCUCAGUGCUGUGUUUAAAGAUGUUGUGAAUAAUUAUUAUCUACUGUAUCCUAAAGCAAGUGAUUAUGUUAUUAUUACACAAGCAUUACUUAAAGCAUUAAAGAUUCCAAUCACAAACUCAAAUGCAAUGAAUGAAUGGCGUGAAGCGAUCAAACAAAAGUUCAAAAAUGAACGUCGUCUUUUACAAGAAACAUCAGCAAUUGUCAAAAUUAAACAGGAAAAAUUUGGGAAAGGGCACGGGCGUCCUCCGAAGCAAAGUAAAGCAGAUCGGCUGAACAUUUAUGUCAGUGAUUUUAAUAAUGAACAAGAUGCCGAACAGCAGAUUACAACAAUGAAAGAAGAAGUUGAAAGUGCAACAACAAAUAUUGACUUAUUGAACAUCAACUUCGUUAAUUAUGCAACAACAUCAGAAGAACUAAAUUACUUGGUGCAUGUCACAGAACAGGCGUCGUCUUUUACAAUCGAUACCGAAUCAACACGUCGGCCAUAUUUAACUAAUUUACCGUCCUUAAUACAAGUCCAAGUCAAUAGUAAUGACGAUGAAUAUAAUGAGAACGAAAUAACAACAACUCAACUAUUAAUCCUAUUCGACUGUGCCUAUUUACCACAACCAACUUCAUCCUCAUUUAUUUCUAUCAAAAAAAUAUGGGAAAAUAUUCUUCGUCUACCCGAACACAUUCAUGCAUGGGGAGAUCCAAUGGAUGAAUUGCGUCAAUUUUUAUGUUAUCAAAUGUUUACAAAUCAACAACUUCCAAGCUCCGACCCAGAUACAGAUCAAAAUGUUCAACAUUAUUAUUCACGUUGGUUAGAAGUUCAUACACCAGCCGAUAUUUAUUUCGAACCGGUAAGUUUACAAAAAGCUGUUGCUAAAACGUUUAAUUUAUUUUUAGACAAACAAUGGCAACUUAGCAAAUGGAAUGCUGGUUUGGAUAAACGUUUAAAAACGUAUAUUAAUCCACAAUUAACUGGAGAUGCAUUAGACAACAACAAUUCCGAUCAAUUGUAUCGUCGACGACAAAUGGUAAUUUAUGCAUCUUAUGACUGUGUGGUUGUUACUCGUUUAUAUUUUUACAUGAAACCACCUGCACGAUCAUUAGCACAACAUCAACAACAACAACCGCCAUUAUCACCACCUCAUUCCGAACCAUCGUCGCCUUCUCAACAGACAUUAUCACUUCAUCCAUCAUCGCCACGACCCAUCUCACCUUCAUUAUCACCACAACCUACACCCAACGUACUCAUACCAUCUUCUACGGCGCCUUCUCAUUUAUCUAAUUAUUGGCGAAAUCGUAGAGCACACAUCCGAAGAAAGAAACGACGAUAUUUGUACUCAAUCAACGAUAUCCUACAUAAAAAUUAUGCAUUACCAGCAAUCGAUCGCCAUUUACGCGAACGUCAUAUACGAUUUACCCAUGUCAAGGAUAAAACAGAAAACGGACAUCGCCGACUAAUCGUUGGCUUUGCCAACUCAUCAGAUCGUCGUAUUAUUGGCGAGGAUUAUUUCGUAUCAUUUUUUGUUUUAUAA